AUGUCACUGACGUUUACGUUAACCGGCAAAAGUAACGUCCUCGCGGUAAGCUACUUUCCAGCUGUAGAUUUAAGCGAUGGUGAUUACGAGCUCGGUCUGACAGACUUUGAAACCUACAAUACGAUACCUAAUAUAAAUUCCUCAAAUAACAAAUUUUACUAUGACAAAGACGACAAGGAAGUUAUCAUUCCCGAAGGAUCGUACGAACUGCGUGACAUUGACAAGUAUCUGAGACAUGCUAUAUCUCGUGUCUCAAAUGAUGUUACUAGGAAGAAGUUGCUUCAUAAAGAGAUCGAUGAAGACGAGGAUAACGAGAUUAUGAUUCGCGCCAACAAUAAUACUAUGAAGAGCAAGAUCAAGUGCUCUUAUCGAAUAAAUUUUAGCAAAUCCAACAACAUUGGAUCGCUGUUGGGAUUUUCCUCAAAUCGUAUGCUUGAACCUCGACAAUGGCACGAAUCAGACUUACCUAUAAAUAUAAUCAAUGUAAACAUUAUUCGCAUAGAAUGUAACCUGACCGCUGGUGCGUAUAGCAACGACAACAUUGUCAAGAUUGAAACUCACUCGUAUAAUCCAUACGCUAAGACUACGUUUGGACAUAGUGAUGAAAUAAGGAUACCUAUACAACAACAGGAUUUAUACACAUUGCCGUGCGAAAGUUUUCUCUAUGUCGAAGGAAGAUUAGUGAAGAAAAAAAAUGAUGAUGAUGACGAUGAUGCAUCAGAAAUAAAACUUGGAAAUAAUUGUGUAGCGUUCAUGUUUGAUGAAAUUCGAUAUGAAAUCAACGGUGUGGAAAUUGAUCGCAACAGAAACGUUGGAAUCACUAGUACUCUAAAGAACUAUGUAUCUCUUACGUUUGACAAAGGAAUGAUAAUGCAGAAUGCCGGAUGGGACAUGUCGUCCACUCUGUGGGAAAAUUAUUUCAAUUUUUGCGUGCCGCUAAAUUUACUGCUGGGCUUUUGCGAGGAUUACAAACGCAUGGUUGUUAACGCACGCCAUGAAUUAAUUUUGAUACGAGCGCGCAAUGAUAACAAUUCUAUUGUGGGAACGAAUAGAACGACGGAACCGGAAAUUGAAUUGUUCAAAGUACAGUGGCGAAUGCCACAUGUUACGUUAAAUGAAGUCAAUAAAUUGUCCAUACUACGAGCUUUGGAAAGCGGGCGAUAUCUAAGUAUGAGUUUUCGUUCCUGGGAUCUGUAUGAGUACCCCUUGCUGCAGAGCACAACCAAACAUUCGUGGGCUGUUAAAACUGCAACACAAUUAGAAAAGCCUCGAUUCGUUAUCUUUGCACUACAGACCGGUCGCAAGAAUAUCAUGUCUCAAGAUGCUACUAUUUUUGACGAUUGUAAUUUGAUCAAUGUGAAACUUUAUCUCAACUCUGAAUUUUAUCCGUACGAUGACUUGAAUCUAGACUUUCGUAAAUCUAGAUACUCCAUCUUGUUUGACAUGUACCAACGUUUUCGUAAAUCUUAUUAUGGACGUGAUUGCUACGAUACGCUGCUUAACGUGGUCACAUUUCUGCAAAGAGGACCUUUUACAGUGAUUGAUUGCUCGCGGCAAAACGAGUCCAUCAAAAGUGCUACUGUGGACGUACGCAUUGAAUUUGAUUGCAAAGAAAAUGUGCCAGCGAGCACUACCGCCUAUUGCCUUAUCUUACAUGAUCGUGUAAUUGAAUACUGUCCAUUGUCUAACGUUGUGCGCAAAAUCAUGUAAAAUGCAGCGUUAGCAAAUAUCUUUAAUAAAAUACCGAGAUAUUUUGUGAUAUGGUACAGUCUCAAAAAAUUACUUGUCAUGGUUGUGCCAACAUUUGUGGAUCUGCAAGGAUUCACCAUUGGAAAAAAAUUUAUUGUAAAGGAAGUAGCGGUAUUGAAACAAGGAAACGUUCUCACGCAUUACAUUUUUACGAAUUCCAUGCCAUGGAAUGCAUUGACAAAAUCCGAAAGAUCUUGCGUUUCUUGGUUGACUGCUUAUCACCAUGGAUUACAAUGGGAAGAUGGAGUAGUUCAGUAUCCGAAAGCGAAGCACCUGAUUUCAACAGCUGUAUAUGAUAAAAAUGAUGAUGAAGCUAUCGUAUACGUUAAAGGCCAUGAAAAACGAGAAUGGUUGAAGAAUAUACUUGAUGUCAAUGUAAGAAAUAAUGUUAUCAUCGAGACCAUGGAUGCUGAUUACGAAGACAUUGAAUCUUUAAAUAAUUUGGAUACAGCGAACACUAUACGAUGUGCAAAACAUAUUAAGAAUUGUGCUAUGCAGAAUGUAUUUAAAUUAUACAAUUAUUGGUUACAAUGUCAAAAAGAUGCUUUAAAAUAAAAAAUGUAUAAACGUAUUUAUGGUUUAUUUUUUUAUCUU